AUGGACGGUGCUGGAGCGGCACAGCAACAGGUGCCCAUGGCUGAUGGGCAGCAAGGCGCACCAGCUGAUGCGCAGGCGGGGCAGCGAAUGAUCCCGGCGGACCAAGUUGACAGGCUGGUCAAGGCAAGGAUCGAGCAGGCCUUCAGUGGGGUCUUUGGGAGAUUUAUUUCAAUUUCUGAGCGGGCCGCUGAGGCGGCAGAGGCCCAGGCGAGCAGCCAAAGGUCGGACAGCCUGGUGAAAGCACUCAAGCUCGACAUCUUCAAGCCGAGCAGCAGAGAGGAGGAACUGCGGCAGUGGAAAGAGUGGUGGUUUUCUUUCACUACGUAUGUGUGUGCGCAUGAUGCUAAGUACGAGGCCGACUUCCGCGAGAUCGACCUAGAGGUGCCGCUUUCCCACGAGUUGAUGGAGCAAGCCCAGGUGGAAAGGAGCCAGAAGCUCUUCGGGCUUCUGUGCUCUGUGGUCAAGGGCAGGCCUUUGCUUCUGAUCCGCAGCUUGGAGACUACACGCUGUGGGCUGGAGGCCGUGCGCCUCCUGAGGUGCGAGAUGGAGCCCAGGGACAAGACGAGGAGUUUGGCGCUCAUGCGCCAGCUUGCGGCGUGGACCUUCCCCACGACAGGGAGCCUCCACGAGCACUUGGUGAAGUACGAGGACGCGCUCAGGAUGUACGAGGAAGCCUCGGGAGCAAGCUUCCCACCGGAGCUAACCAUGGCGACAGUGGUAACAGGUGCCGGCCAAGGGCGAGGAUGGCAAGGACAGUGGAAGCAGCAGCCGUGGAGCAGCGGCGGUUGGCAGAGCCAAGGCAAAGACCAGAAGGGAGGAAAGCCGAAAGGGAAAGGCUUUGGAGGUGGAUGCGCGAUCUGCGGCGACAUGAACCACUGGAAAAACGAGUGCCCGACAAAGGGAAAAGGCCGGGUCAACCAAGUUGAGACCCAGAGCGUUUCCGGGCUCUCGGCUGCGGCGGCGUCCACCACGGCCUCUACGAUCCCGUCUUCGGCCUCAGCCUUGCGGGCCCAGCAGCAGCAACAGCAGAGCAUGGGGAUCAACCAGGUCACGGCCUUCCGCUGCGAGACCCCUCCAGAGUGCAGGUUCACUGAGGUUUUCGAUAUGACCGAAAUCGACGAGGAUGGGGAAACCUUCUCGCUUGGAGGCCCGGCCCUGUCCCUCAUGAUGGUGACCGCGAGCGACGAGGACCAGGAGGCCGGGGAGCACGAGCCCGAGAGUGAAGACGAGCCCUUCGGCAUCCCGGUCUUCUCCAUGGACGCCAGCGACGGCGACGGCCAUUGGACCAUUUGCCCCGGCCUGGAAGAAGCCAGCGGCAGCCCAGCUGGGGUCCUUGCCGUGAGGGCCCAAGGAAGUGUUAGCGUCGAGGUUGUGAUCGAUAGUGGGGCGGAUGCGCAGGGCAAGCGCAUCCAUGAGCUCGACACGCGCAACCUGGAGGUCGAGCUGGAGACGGUCGACGGCGCCACGGUGACGAUCAGGGAAAAGUUCAGCAUUGCCAAGAUUGAGUCGGUUAUCCUGUCAUUGGGCCGGCUCAUCCGUGCUGGCUGGAGCUUGGGCGACAAUGGAGGCAGGCCUGUUAUCCGCAGGAAUGAGCACCAAGUCCCAAUACGCUUGAGGAGGAACACCUUGACAGUUUUGGCCACCAUCUCGGCCAUCAUGACGGGUGGCACGGGAAGCGUGGCUGAAGGAGCGAGCCCAGCAAGCGGGAGCAACCCGCCAGCCAGCAGGGUGAACAUGAUGACCUACGACGACAUGGGGACCCUGCCGGCCGAGCUCUUCUCUGUGGCUGGCCGGCCCGGCUGGCACAUUAUGCCAAGCGGCUUGCCGGUGAUGGUGACGCACAGCACCGAGGAGCUCGAGCUGGAGAAGUCACUGUGGACUACGAGCGACUGGUCGUGGGUGGCGGUCUUUGUCAAGGUCGAGCAGAGCCAAGGAGAUGUUUGGGUGCAGGCCGUCACCAUGGAAACGGAGGCCUACGAGUCGGCACCCAAGCUGCUCACAGAGAUUGACCCGGACCUGACCGGGCGGCACGACCUCAUCAUGAUCCUCCACGUCGACGAGCUGCCCAAGGACCUUCUUAGCAACCCGCGCGAGGUCUUCUCCGAGCAGCCCGACGGCCAGAUCGCGGAACCCAUGGUGGAGGACGAGGAGGCGGCUGGCAUAGGCGCUCUCCCUGAUGAGCUGGUUGGUGAAGGGCGAGUUCUUGACGAAGGCGAGCCGACUGAGGUGGAGGAGCUCGAGGGCGUCCGGCUGGAAGUGGCAACGCCACUUAAAGACCUGAGGGAGCUGUGCGAGAAGCUUGGCCUACCAAGGAGCGGGGGGAAAGGCAAGGUGCUGAGGCGGCUUCUUGAUCACCACAUGGUUCUCUCCAGGCAGCUUGCAACGGAGGUGGCCAAGAAGAUGUACCGCGAGCAAGAAAGGGACCCUAGGGUUCCCAAGAUGCCAGUUCUCCCCAGCGUUCGCCAACAGCAGCUCCACGCGGUGACCCACCAACCGUUUGCUGCGUGGUGCGAGUGCUGUGUCUUGGGAAGGUCUAAGCAGACGCCCCACCCGAAGGAGAAGCCCGGCGAGAAGAAGGAGGAGGCAGCGAACCACUCGAGGAUCUCCAUCGACUCCUGCUACACUUUCACUAAGAAGCGCCACGAGAUCCAGGAGGGGGAAGCCGAGGCUGGAGGUGAUGCACAAGCGGCCGGUGAUGAUCAAGCGGCCCAAGGGGCCGAGCAGCAGGCGCUGGAGGAGGGACCCGAGAAGGCGGCUGACGGCGUGGAUUUUCGGGACCAGUUUGGGCUCACCCUCCUGGCGGCCGAGAACAAGACGGGCUGGGUACUUGCGAUCCCGGUCCUUGAGAAGGGGGCCGGCGCUUUGAAAAGAGUGGUGGAGCAACUGGUUCGUCUGUCAAUGGUUGUCUCCCCUGGCGAGCCGGUCGUGAUUCAGGGUGACUCUGAGCCCGCCAUCGGCCAGGUGAUGAAUGCAGUGGAGGCUUGCAGAGCGAGGCUUGGCCUGGUGACCGAAAAGAAGGUCAUCCCAAAGGGGUCGCAUGCUUCGAACGGCCAGGCUGAGAAGAUGAUCGAUGUGGUCAGGUGCAAUGGGCUUACCCUGCGAGCCUAUGUGGAGCAAAAGAUCAAGGCCACGAUUGAGGGCCACAACCACUUUUACCCCUGGAUCAUGCGGCACGCGGGCUUCCUGUACAACCGCUACGCUGUGACACCCAGAGGGGGCACACCUCACGAGAUCAUGUUUGGAAGGGCCUAUCGUGGCCUUCUUGUGCCCCUCGGGGAGCAGGUGAUUUUCCAUAAGCCCAGCCGAGCUCGAGGGGAUCUACAAUGGUGCCGGGGAGUUUGGCUUGGAGUGCACGAAAGGAAUGGAGCACACCUGUUGGGCACCCCCGACGGCGUGUUCGAAUCGAGAAGCAUCCGGCGCCUACCUGCAGAUGAACAAUGGAACGCCGAAGCGGUGCUGGGCAUGAUCGGCCUGCCGUGGAGCUACAUGGGAAAAGGAAAGAGGAGGCGACCUUUGUACACGGCAGCUUCUGCUAGAGUUCCUUUGCUCCCGGACACAGCCACCCUGGAGGAGUUGGCAAGGUCGGCUGGCAGGGCGGCGGCAGAGUCGAUUGCAGCCGCUCCCCCCGCGCUAGUACCGCCAAAGCCAAGAAGCGAGCCAGGCAGUGAUCCUCCCACUUCGUCUUCGAGCUCAACGUCGGAGUCACCAACCGGGGCAAGCAACAACCACGGCAGAGCAGGCCAGCAAAGAGCAGACGGACCACAACAGGAGUCACGAGAUUCACUUCCACCUCAAGGGCGACCUAGUGAAGGCCAGGCGGGGCAGACCCAGCAGCAAAGAGCACAUGGACCACAGCAGGAGUCACGAGAUUCACUUCCACCUCAAGUUGCCGUUCAGGACAUGGAGGUUUCAGGCGAACCUGCUGGAGUCACCCGCGAGGCACCUGAGUCAAUUCUGGGAGCAGCUCCUAAGCGACCAAGGCUUUUGCUUGAUAGACCGGUGACACCAGGGGCUAGCCCAGGGGCCUCACCUUCAGCAAGCUCUGGUCUGUAUCCUCCCACCUUUGCGGGCAUAAGAAUGGUUCACGGCGACAUCCCGGCGGAGGAGCUCACUGGGUUCGAGAAUUGGGAGGAAGACCUGGUGGAGGCCAUGGAGAACGCGAGCUUCCUGGCCGAGGACUUUGCCGAGACCUGGUGGGAUGAGUACUCAGAGCGUCGAGGUGGACCGGCGAGCAGAUGA